CCUAAGAGGAUCAACUAUCUCUGCUGCUUUUGAAGCUUGGAUAUCGAGUCAGUGAAGGGGGAGACAUUGAGUGGUGGAUGCACAAUAUUGGAACCUACUCGCCGGAAAUUCUCAACACUGAGGGGAAAUUAUGGGAGCAACCUCAGUGAUUUACAAUGGACUCCAAACUACCUCUUUGAAAUUCAAUAAAGGCCUCACUACUUCUAAUUCCAUCUCAUCUUCUCCUCGCAAUUCGUCUGCUUCUUACGUCUCUCAUCCUCCAUUUCCGCUCCUUCGUUCAGCAAUCAAUUAUCGUUCAACUCCUAAAUUUUCAAUAAUUUAUGCUAAGAGUAACAGCGAGGAUGAUGCUACUUCCACUGUCUCAGAAUUGGAUGGAGAGGGCAGCAAGUCUCAUAUAUCAACUUCUGCAGGCAGUGCUCUAAAAGAGAAGCAUGAUCAACAGAGCUAUGCAUCAUCUGUUAAAACUGUUGCUCUGUGUGUAUUCUCUGCAGUGGUGUUCGGCGUUGGUUUGGGUUUCAAAGAUGGAGUUGGCAAAGCUUCUGAAUUUUUUGCAGGGUACCUGUUGGAGCAAAGUCUUUCUGUAGACAACCUAUUUGUCUUUGUUCUAGUCUUCAAGUACUUCAAGGUGCCAAUGAUGUACCAGAAUCGUGUGCUCUCAUAUGGAAUUGCUGGCGCCAUUAUAUUCCGUUUGUCUUUGAUACUUCUCGGGACAGCCACACUUCAGAGGUUUGAAGCGGUGAACCUGCUACUAGCAGCAAUACUCCUGUAUUCCUCAUUUAAGUUAUUUACCGCUGAAGAAGAAGACGAGGAUUUGUCGGACAAUUUUAUUGUGAAGACUUGUCAAAAGGUUAUUCCGGUGACAGCUAGUUAUGAUGGCAAUCGGUUUUUCACAAUGGACGGUGGUGUGUGGAAGGCUACACCUUUACUUCUCACGGUAGCAGUUAUUGAGUUGAGUGAUAUUGCGUUUGCCGUCGACUCAAUACCAGCUGUGUUCGGUGUAACUCGAGAUCCUUUCAUAGUCUUUACAUCCAAUUUAUUUGCCAUCUUAGGUUUGAGAUCGUUAUAUACUCUGAUUUCUGAAAGCAUGGCUGACUUGGAGUACCUGCAGCCUUCCAUAGCUGUUGUACUAGGCUUCAUUGGGCUAAAGAUGAUCCUUGACUACUUUGGAUAUCAUGUGGGAACAGAAAUCUCUCUUGGUUUUGUGGCUACAAGUCUUAGUACUGGCGUGCUUCUGAGUUUGAUUAAGAAGUCUGAUUAGUUAAAAGUUACAUGGGAGUACGACUUCACCGUACAUCUUGGAGGAACACGACGUGCUCAUGGUAGCUUUUAGCCCGUGUAACCUCAUCCAUUGAAGAAUAUCAUGUCCAGUCAUUUGUAGGUGAAGCAACCGCUCAAAAAAUAUUACUGACGGUGUCUUGUAUCUAUGCAGGGGAAGUUGUGAUGAAAUAUUUGAAGUGCUCCUGCACUUUUCCAUCUUCCCUUUUUCCUUUUCCUUCUCCCUCUCCCGCCCCUGUUUCUGGGGUAAGAUGGGAGUUAGUGUUUGUUUUUGCUCUUUAUCAAAGUUGAUCUAGAAGACUAGGCUUGCCACAAUGAGCAGUGUGAUCAUUCUUUGUGUAUAUAUGUUUCAAUGUUUGCCUUCCAAUAAAUCGUUUUUUCUUUCAUAAUA